AUGACGACGCUCUUGGAGAACACUACCUAUACGGAUUAUGGCCUGCUACUAGCCGUACUCCUUGGCACCAGCUUCGUCUACAACAAAGGAAAUUUGCUGCCGAUGACAAAUCCCAACGAGCACCUUCUCUUCGAGAAGCCCCAGAGGCAAGAUGCCGCGACCCGAGCCUCUCCCAUUACACGCGAUAUUGGCGAAAGGGUUCGGGAAUCCGAGGCCUGUUUUGUGAUCCUCUGGGGUUCGCAAUCUGGAACUGCCGAGAAUCUUUCCCAUCGUCUUGGACGAGACAUUCAGCAACAAUUUAAGUCCAAGGUCAUAGUGAGCGAUCUGUCGGAUUACGAUCCAUCAACAUUGGCGAACGUCUCCGACCAUGUUGUUCUGGUCUUGGUCAUGUCCACCUAUGGAGAGGGUGAUCCAAGCCACAAUGCACAGGACUUUGUAUCUUUUUACACCUCAAAUAACAGCAACACUCUGUCUCAUUUGCGGUUUGCUGCAUUUGGCUGCGGUAACAGCAGCUAUCAAUACUUCAACAAGGCCAUUCACGACACAGCUUCGGCACUGGAGCGCUGCGGAGCCAGGGCAAUAUUGCCUGUUGGGGAGGGUGAUGAAGCGAGCAGAACAACCCACGAAGACUUUCAUGAGUGGAAAGACUCGCUUUUCUCGUGCUUGGUUUCCCAAUGCAACCUUUCAAAGCACGACGCCGGAUAUCAGCCGACGGUUCGGAUCACCUUGGAGAGCCCAUCUGACGAUAAAGCCCAUGAAGCAAGCAUUAGCAAGCCCAAGAAAGGCACUACCAAUCUUCCGAUAACCAUGAGUCGAUCCGUUUCUCGCUAUGACGACCCUGCGCGGUCUUGCGUCUUUGUUACUCUCGAUCUGGCUCGUCAUCCCCAGAUCAAGUACCGUACGGGGGACCACAUCGCUGUCUGGCCUUGUAAUCCCGAACACGAAGUGGACCGCCUCUUGCGCGUCCUUGGAAGAGAGUCGCAGCGGAAUCAUUGUUUGCGGAUAGAGUCAAACGAUGAGCUAGUGGACCUUGGCGUCCCGGCCACUACGACUCUUCACGAAUUGAUAUCACGACACCUGGACAUCUGCGCCCAAGUUCCAAGGGAGACUGUUCUGGCUCUCGCACAGAUGGCGUCGAAGCUUGAAGUUAAAAUGGAACUUCAACGGAUCAGCGACAGCAAGGAAACGUACUCGAAUUUCCUAGAGGGCAACUACCUCACAUUAGCGAGGCUAAUGGACUACACCCUCGCUCUUCAUCCUGACGCGACUUGGGACUCUUUGCCUCUUUCGUUUGUUAUCGACCACACCCCCCCGAUGCAGCCACGACUAUACUCGAUAGCAUCUUCCAGCAUCGUGGAGCCCAGACAAGUCAGCCUCGUUGUCUCGGUGAAGCCUCAGGCAGUCCCUAGAUGUCCCGACACUCUAAUUCAUGGAGUGGCAAGUACGUACCUGAGGGAUACACAACUCAAUUAUUCAGAAGGACGCCUCAUUCAAGCUGAAAUACGUCGGUCGUCUUUCAAGAUGCCCUUCAACCCACAAACGCCGAUUGUUAUGGUUGCUGCUGGUACAGGCAUCGCACCGUUCCGGGCCUUCGUGCAUGAACGUGCACGGCUGGCCUCGAUAGGCCGUGCAGUUGGCCCAAUGCUACUAUUCUUCGGAUGCCAAAAUCAAUCGGAUUGUCUCUUCUUCGAUGAAUUCGCGGAACUUGCUUCGAAACACGCUUCGCAAUUCCCGCUAAGAAUUUAUACGGCUUUCUCACGGCCAGUAUCCUGCGACUCAGGACCACUGGAACAGAAGGCUUAUGUGCAAGACAAGUUGUUUGACCAUCGCCAGAGCGUCAUGAAGAACAUGUUAGAGGAAGACGCAGCACUGUAUGUGUGCGGAUCUACUACCAUGGCCAAAGGGGUUAGAGAAGUGUUGUUGCAGACGGCAAUGUCGAUGCGGCAGUGGUCAAGUAGUGAGGCUGAGCAAUGGAGGCAAGAAAGAAAAAAGGCUAGCAGAUGGCAGGAGGAUGUUUGGAGUUGA